UAAACUCCGGGCAACGCACUAAGCAAACACUACGUCAAAAGAUACUGUAAGUGAAAUGUGUGUCUAUCCCAUGUCUUUAUAUGUGCACGUCGCCAUGGGACUGCGAGGAUCUAAACAACCAGAAGCCCACGUUCUCCUCCUGGGCCUGGACAACGCUGGGAAAUCGACUCUCCUCUACAAACUGAAACACAACGCGUGCGUCAGCACCGUGCCUACCAUCGGCUUCAACGUGGAAAUGUUUGAGGCGAGAAAGAACAGGAAGAACAUCUCCUUAACCGUGUGGGAUGUCGGUGGCCAGGGAAAGAUGCGCGAGCACUGGACGAGUUUCUACCAGGACGCGGAAGCUGUGGUGUUUGUUGUGGACAGCUCGAGCAGGGGGCGCCUGGAGGAAGCGCGGCGGGAGCUGGAGAACACACUGAGGAGUGAGCAGCUGCGGGGCCGUCCGCUGGUUCUUCUCGCCAACAAACAGGACGUGAACGGCGCUCUGACUGUCACUGAAAUCAAGGACACGUUUAACCUGAAAAAGAUUUGCUCUGAUCGGGAUUGGUUCGUGCAGCCUUGUUCCGCAUCGACAGGAUUUGGAGUUGAAGAGGCCUUCAGACGAGUGGUCCAGAUGGUCAAAUAAAACAUAAUAAAACAUGUAGCCUACUGUAUAUGAAAUGUGUUCUUUUCAAACCACUGACAAUAUGACGAAUUGUUGUUGUUUUUUUAAAUAAGUUCGUAGAUCUAAAUUGCUUUAUAUCAAUUCAAUUAAAGAGAUCAGACCUUUUGGUUAAGUCUAUAGGCCUACAUUUCUUUAAUGCGCAUGGAGGCCCACAGUGUACAGGGACUACAGAAUCUUGCAAGCUACUUACGUUAGAGUGAGUGAAGAUAUUAGGCUACGUCUUGUGACACUAUUAUGGAUACCACAGGAAACACAAGAUACCAUGACGUCUAUUGCUGUGCAUUAAAAAACCACAGACAUACUCGUUAAUGUAGAAAUGAUGUUAGCGGUGUGCUGCAUCUUCUUUCAAUUAUUAAACAGAAUUCAAUUGCCUCACUAAGCCACGGGAAUUUACAUUAUUACGUUAAACUCUUGGAUGCAUAGAGGGAGGCAUCUCACUGACGCAGGAUCAGCAAGAUAAGUAACAAAGACAAGUGCACGUAGAGUUUGGUGAUAUAGAGGCUGCUGCAGUUGU